UACAUACCACCAUACCACGUUCAUAGUUUUUGAUCUUUCAAAGCUGAUUUUCCCUUCUCUUUAAGUUUCUUUCACUUUCGUCCUCUUAAAGAAAAACAAGCAUGGGUUUUCUAUCUUUUCUCUCCAAGAAAAAGAAAACCAACAAGACUCCUUCAGUUAGUGAAGGUGAAAAUCUUAGUAAUCCGGCAUCAUCAUCACCUGUUACGGUAGCAGUGGGAUUUGAGGAAGUAUUCAAGAAAUUUGAUGCGGAUGGAGAUGGUAAGAUAUCGUACGUAGAAUUAGGUUCAAUAUUAAGCAGUUUAGGUUAUGAAGCAACAGCUGAAGAAUUACAAGCAAUGGUUAAAGAAGUUGAUUCAGACGGAGAUGGAUUCAUAGAUUUGAAUGAGUUUCUUGAAUUGAAUAGAAUUGAUUCAGAGAAACAAGUUCAAGAUAUUGAAGAUGCAUUCGCUAUUGUCGAUACUAAUGGUGAUGGUUCGAUUUCUCCAAGUGAGCUUCAGAAGCUUCUGAGAACUUUAGGUGAUGAAUCGUCGAUUUCUGAUUGUAAGAAGAUUAUUCAGAAGAAUUUUGACUGUGAUGGUGAUGGUUUGAUUUCGCUCGACGAGUUUAAGAAGAUGAUGUGCCAAGGAUCCAAUUUCUUGCAGAGCGGAAAUUGA